AGUGUGCGUCGAAUUGAGGUUAAGCGCGAAAAUGAAACCUUCACCGAUCCUGAUCGGCCUUUUGGGUGCCCUUGUGGUGCAGGCACUCGGGCUACCGAAUGUGGGAGACCACGAGCGUUCCAGGGGUCGGACCACCUGGGAACGGUUGCAUCGAGAGCCUCCGAUUCGUGGCGGAUCGGCCUCGACGAAAGCCGCUACUGUAACGACGAAGUACAUCAUGCAGCGAUUGGACCACUUCGACGCACAAAACGUCAACACCUGGUCGAUGCGUUACAUGGAAAACGGUGAGCACUAUCAGCCUGGUGGACCGCUUUUCAUCUACGUCGGUGGCGAAUGGACCAUUUCCGAGGGAAGCAUUUCGCGGGGUCACGUGUACGACAUGGCGAAGGAGCUGAACGGAUACCUGUUCUACACCGAGCAUCGGUACUACGGCGAAAGCCACCCUACUGUUGACUUGCGAACUGAUAAACUGAAGUACCUGAACAUCGAUCAAGCGCUGGCGGAUUUGGCGCAUUUCGUGGUAGAAAUGCGACGCACGAUCCCUGGCGCGGAGAACGCCGGAGUCAUUAUGGUGGGUGGAUCGUAUUCGGCGACGAUGGUGGCUUGGUUCCGGCAGAAGUACCCGCACCUGAUUAAUGGAGCUUGGGCAUCAAGUGCACCAGUGUUUGCUAAGGUCGAGUUUACCGAGUACAAGGAGAUUGUGAGCGAGAGCAUCAAGCUGGUGGGUGGUAGUAACUGUGCUGGACGCAUCGAGCGUGCCAUCAAGCAGGUCGAAGAGCUGCUGGAUAAUGGACAGCAGGAACGUGUGGCCCAGGAGUUCCGGUUGUGUAGUGACGUGGACCUCUCGAAGUCGCUCGAUCGGAUGAACUUCUUCAGCAGCUUGUCGGAUGAGUUCGCAGGUGUCGUGCAGUAUCACUCGUCCGGAGAUAUCGAAGGAGUCUGUCGUACGAUCGAGGACUCAUCCAUCACCGACGAUAUGCUGGCUUUGGCGAAGUACGCCACACAAUCUCUGGGAGCUUCCGGUUGCAACAACUACGGCUACAAGCCCAUGGUUGAUUACUACAAAAACACCGCUUGGACGCAUGGUGCGGCUCAAAGUGCGAUGCGCCAAUGGAUGUACCAAACUUGCGCCGAGUACGGAUGGUACCAAAUUUCGGGAUCGGCCUCACAGAUCUUCGGUUCCAGCUUCCCGGUGGAGCUGUUCGUGAAGAUGUGCGGUGAUCUGUACGAUGGCUUCUUUGACGAGACACGAAUGCAAAACAAUGCGGCCCAUACUAACGUCAAGUAUGGCGGCUGGAAUCCGGAAGUGACGAACGUUUUCUUCACCCAAGGCCAGUUGGACCCGUGGCGCGCGAUGGGUAUUCAGCAGGACUUGAACGAUCAAUCCCCGGCCGUCGUCAUUCCAGGGGCUUCUCACUGCGCGGAUCUGAGCUCCAUCAGCGCUCAAGACUCGGACGAAAUGCAAGCCGCUAAGAGAAAGAUCCUGGAGCUUGUUAAGAAAUGGCUGGCUUAAGCGUCCUACACCGCCCAGACAUGAGUUGUACAAUUGUUUUGCUUGUUAAAUCAU